AAGAAAAGAGAGAGAAUUCGGUCCAGUAGCACGCGGAGAAAGCAGGCACCGGAAGAACUGCUCUCCUGCGUUCACUUCACACCUGUCUGCUGUUUUUCUUCUCCCGUUCACCUCGCGCGCGCGACAACUACGGCGACCGCCGACGCUCUACGCCCAGCUGCCCAUGUCUUCGUCGGGCCCUUUGCCGGCGACGGGAACCCACCACACCAGGUCAACACCAUUGCAAGUAAUUCAUGUUUUGGGAAACUUUAUGAGAAUUUGGUCUGUUUACUCCUUGUAUAGCCACUUAUCCAACAGUGGAGAUUCAAUAGUUGGCUUUAUCUUCAGUUGUCUUGUACCCACUUCAAUCAUAUUCUUGGUCCUACAGAAGCCUUGGAAAGGCCGGCCUUUGCCCAACUCACAGGUUGUUCCUACAGUUGUGAAUGGAGGAAUUCUGGCAUUCUACUUUGUGUUAUGGGGUAAAGGACUUCUUGCCUGUGGCCCACUAGUUGCUCUACUGGCAGAGUAUGCAGGUGCUGUUCUUGGAGUUCUCUCUGCUGCUUUAUAUGGAAGGAAAGUUAACAUCUGGAAAAAGAUUGGUGGACUUGCUGCUAUGUUGGUAGCAUAUUAUCUCUUGUCAAAUGGAUGGUCUACAAGAACACAUUCUCCUUUAUAUAGCUUUGGAAGUGAACCAGUAGAGAAGGCAAGACAAACUAUUGGAGUGAAAGAAAUGGUGGUGCCAAUUACUGCUGGGAUCUUAUCUGCUUUGAGGAGAGUAUUAGCUCGGCGUGUUUCUCUCAAGAAUCAACUUAAAAGGCGGCUCCAUGCUAUAACUAUUGCUUCUGCUACUUGUUUUCUUUUUCCAUUUGCCAUGUGGGAUACAAUCCUAGGCUCGGCAUCUGACAGCAUAGUUAAAUUACAACUACCAAGUUGGGCAUACUUGAGUACUGUUUUGUUUGGAAUGGUGCUUAUAUUCUAUGUUGACAAUGUUGCUGAAGAAAAGUUGCAUCUGGUCUUCUCUUCUCCAAGGCACUUAAUGGUUUCAACAGGUUGCAUCAUUGUGUUGGAGAUAGCGUACCAAAUGGAUUUCUCCCUUUUAGGAUUCCUGGUCUGUUCUGUUAUUUUAGGAUUCGGUAUUUUUGAAGCAACCUCCUUGGAUCGCUCAAAGAAAAGCCCUCUAGAGACCCAUGAACUAUCAAAUGGGGUGUUCCACAAUCAAUUGCCAAUUUCAGAACUUCCAAGCUGAAGCUAUAUAUGACCUGGCUACGACAUGGUGAAUGGCCGCAGUUGCGCACCCCAAGUUAGUGGUUCGAUUCUUUGUGUGAAUGUUUUAAACCAGACAGAAAGCACGGAUGUUUUUGACCGGCCAAUGUAUUUUUGUGAUCCUCCAUUCUUGUUGGCCACCUGCAUCCUGUACAUGUCAACAACUCCUCAGAUGUGUAUCCAUAUUCCCCUUGCAGAUAUUGCAAUUGCCACAGCAUCCUGUCUCCCUGCUUGGGUAGUUGCGAAAUUUUGCUUCUCACUUGGAGAUGCAGAUGGUUCAAGCUGUGACCGAAGUGCAUUGAUUGUUUUUCCAAACACUGAAACAUGUAAGUAUGUAACCCGUCCAUGAUAUGAUUAACGUGCUGACUCUAUCUUUGACCUGUCCA